CGAAUAUGAAUCGAAAUAGCAAAAUUUUUUUGGAAUUCGAAUUGUUUUUUUUACAUUCGAUUUUUUUUCCAUAUACCAUAUCCGUCCGGAGAUAGUUUUGUUUUGUUAUUAUUGUGUGACUUGCGCCCUUUGGAUCGAUCCAUUUGGUCAUCAUCAUCAUCAUCAACAACACUGUACCAAGCCCAAUGCAGUCUUUUUUUCCUACAGUUUUACUACUCUCAUUGCAAUUUGGCUCAACCAAAAAAACAACAAACAUGAUGCUACUCUUGAUUUGCAUCUGAUUUCAGGAACCCAUCGUUUUGUUUCUUGUUGUUGUUGUUUUUGGAACAAUCAUUACAAGUCAAAAUUUAGGAUUUUUUUUUUUGAUUGAAAUCAACUAAAAUAUCUUGAUCAUAAAAAAAAGAUAUGAUGCAUAAUAUUGAAAUGGAUGAUAAUAUGAUGACCAUCAAUAUUGAUGAUAAUAAUGAUAAUGAUUGUGACGAUGAUGAUGAUGAUGAUGAUGAACAAAUCAAAAUUAUUCAACAACAACAACAGCAAGAAGAAAAUGAACAAAAUGGCAAUAAUAAUCUAAAGAAUAAAUGUUUUACUAUAUGGCCAUCUUUAUUUCGACGAUCAACUUAUUUUGGACGUUAUAAACGUAGUCAUUCAUCAAAACGAUCGUUCGAACAACAACAACAACAUCGUUUUGGUCGUAAUUAUUCACAAAGUUUAGGUUCAUCAUUGAAUGAUGAUAAUCUUUCACCACCACCACCAUCAUCAUCAUUAUUAUUAUCACCAUCAUCAUUAUCAUCAACAUCAACAACAUCAAGACCAUUAUCAUCAUCGAAUGUACCAUUUCCAAUUACAGAUAAAUAUCUAACACCAAAUUCACCAAUAUCACCACGUGUAAAAAAUUUUAAUCUUGAUAUGAAAAUAUUAGUUUUAUCACGUAAUGAUAAUCCAUAUCUAAUGAAACAAUUAGAACGUUCAAAUUCAUUAACAUCGAAUAAUUCAUCGAUUACAACUGCUGUAGAUGAACAAGAAUAUUUUGCUAUCGAUCAACAAACAACAACAUCACAUUCAGCAUUACAUACACCAAUGUUUAAUCGUCGAAAUUAUUAUCGAAUCAAUAAUAAUGGUUAUGGCCGUUCAUCAUCUACAUCAACAACCAGACAACAACAACAACAACAACAUCGAUCAACAUUAUCAUUUACAUUUGAUUUUGAUAAUCAAAAAAAUUUGAAUGAUAAUGAAAAAAAUCUUCAUGAACAAUUAAUACGUAGUCCACCGCCAAAUUUUCCAGAAAAACUUAGCCAUUUUUUAUUUACAGAAAAUCUAAUCAAAAAUCUUUAAAAAAUUUUUGCUAUGUCUGUUUUUCCGUUUUUUC